ACGGUAAUGUUUCUAUUGCCAGUUUCAGAUGGCUUCCCACUGGCAGUUGGGUCUCCUUAUUAUUCCUUCGUGUGUGGAUCAUGUGCCCAUGUGCAAGCGUGCAAAUGACACCAGAAAUAAGAGGUUAUGUUUGAAAUACGCAUUGAAGAUAAACAGCACCAAGAGCACUAAUAUAUUUUUCUACAAAUAAUAAAAAAGAAUGUCUUAACGGAAAUACAAGGAAAAUAUCAUUUUUUAAACUACUUAUCAGUAGAAUUUCAAAUUACUUCAAUUUUUGAUAAAAAAGUGACAAAAUGAAGAUCAGUAAAGUGAAAAAAAGUAAUCAAAGGCGCACUAAGCUUUCAAAACAAGGCAAACUGAAGAGUCGACGGCAUCGAGAGAAGAAGAAAAAUGCAACUCAAAAGGCCCCACAACCUCGAUUGAAUGGUGUUGAACAAGAGGAGGCGAGUGACGACAAUCAGGAUAUGUUGGAAAUGGUAGAGAAAGAUGAUCUCUCUUUUCUUGAAAAUGCCAUAUCCAACAAGUCUUAUGAUCUCCUCAAAAAAAUUCGUCUCACUGAAGUCCCCAGGGAAACUAAGAAAAAGAAACUCGUCGAUGAGAAUUUAGAAUACAGAUAUGAGAAGACUGCUUUCAAAGGUGUAGAAGAUGAAAUCGGAAAGGAAUACAAAUUGUUAUUACCGAUCAAAACGAAAGAGGGACUUGUUAAAACCAGAGCAAUUGAAAAGGAAGAAGCUGUUGAAGAGCAAGAUGAAGAAGUGGCUGAAGAGAAAGAAGAAAAUAGAGAAAAUGAAGUAGGCGCAGAAGAAAAACAGUGGGAAAUAAAUGACGAGAACUUGAUUGAACUUGACGAUAAUGAACCCGUUUCUACCGCAAAAUUGUUGGCAUGUCGCGAAGAGGUUCUGAAGUCUCGUCGAUAUGCAAUCGGCAUUUUGUCUAGUGGAAUUUUGGAAGACCCAGAACUAAGGAUGAAAAACUUCGCAAUGUUGCUUGAAUUCAUGCAGGAGAGAAACCCUGAAGUAUACAUAACCGUACGAAAAUUAGCGACAGCGUCUCUCCUAGAAAUAUUUAAGGAUAUCCUUCCUUCUUAUCAUAUUGUACAGAUCAAACAAAAUGGAAUAAAAUUGAAGAAGGAUACAUUACAGCUUCAAAACUUUGAAGCAGAAUUGCUCAAAUAUUACAAAAAAUAUUUGCAAAAUUUGGAGAAGACGGCUAAGGUACUAUACAAGAAAGGAAAUGCUAUGCGGAAAGUAGGCGAUAGGGAAAUUCAAUUGGCAAUGUUAGCUGUGAAUUGCAUGUGCGAUUUGCUUGUUACCCAUCCCUACUUCAAUUUUGCGAACAACAUCGCUAAAUUUCUCAUUCCACUGCUAGAUAGUAAACUUCAAUCUAUAAGAGAGACUAUCCUGAAAUGUUUUACACAGGUUUUCAAAGAAGACAAACGAGGAGAAUUGUCUUUAAGCAUUGUACAACAAUUGAAUAAAUAUGUAAAGCCUCGAGGACAUUCCGUGCAUCAUGAGGUAAUAUCAGUGUUAUUGGGGUUGCGAAUUAAAGAUAUUAACUUAGAUAAGGAAAGAGAAGAGGAAAUGAAACAAAAGAAAUUGAUGUCGCAUAAGCAGAGAAUCCUCGCUUUGAGCAAACGCGAGCGAAAGAAGAACAAAAAACUGGAACAAGUCGAGCAGGAAUUGUUGGAGACCAAAGCUGAGGAGAAUAAAAAAGCAAAGGAGAAAGUGUUUACUGAAAUUACGGGUGUAACGUUCACGAUUUACUUCAGGAUUUUGAAACAAACUCCCAGCAGCAAAAUUCUUUCGGCGUGUUUAGAAGGCUUAGCCAAAUUUGCUCAUUGCAUAAACUUGGAAUUUUACCAGGAUAUUGUUAAUGUUUUGAGCACUUUACUGGAGGAAGGAAAUUUAGGCCUAAGAGAAAGACUGAACUGCAUUCUAACCGUAUUUGUGAUAUUGUCAGGACAGGGUUCGGCUUUGAAUAUAGAUCCACAGAGGUUUUAUUGCCAUCUGUAUAAAAACCUUCUAAAUGUCCAUGCUGGAAAAAGUCAUUCUGAAAUAGGCAUUGUUUUGAAAGUCUUGGUUCAGUCAUUAAUCAGCAGACACAAAAACAUCACACGCAAUCGAUUAAUCGCUUUUGUAAAAAGAAUCGCGACUAUGUCUUUGGGGUUGCAACAUAAUGGAGCUCUGGGAGCUCUCAAUGUAAUUAAAACGAUAAUGCAACAAGGAAAGGCGACACAAAGUUUACUAGAUACUGAUAGCGGGGCUGGUGAUGGAAUUUUCCUACCUGAACUGGAAGAACCCGAGUACUGUAACGCGCAAUGUACAGCACUCUGGGAAAUUGCAGCCUUGCAGCGGCAUUAUCAUAUCACCGUUCAUCAAUUCGCAAAAAACAUAGCCUGGGAAGUUCCGUCUACUGGUGAAGGAAGCUUAGCUCCCACAAUUGCUAAACUAAAUCCACUAGAAAUUUGCCAGGAAUUUGAUCCUGCCGAAGUUGCUUUCAAGCCUGCAGUUGCUGUUCCGAAGAAAGUAACUCCCAAGGUUCCAUCAAACCACGAGUUUGUUAAUAGUGAUUUUAAAAUUUAUAUUAAUGACUUGUACAAUAGAGAUGUUGCUACUAAUGAUAUAAGAUUGGAUUACUGUGCGUUCAUACGUAAAAGAAAAUGUGCUUCAAAUGGUGUGAGUGUUGAUGAUCGUAAUUAUAUUGCUAAAAGGAAACGAGGGAAGUAGCAAAAGAACUUGUACAGGAGUAUGUAUUUGAGUAAGGUUUUGCUUCCUUGUACGGAUAUAAAUAAAUUAAAUGUAGGAAUA